AUGGCCACCAAGUCAUAUUUGAAGCUCACCCCAAUCAUCUUCAUCAUCUUCAUCUCCAUUCUCAUUCCCCAAGUCCAUUCACAGUCUGAUGAAUGCGGCUCAGAAACCAACUCCUGCAAUGACAAGUCUGGAGCUGUGCCGCUCAAAGUCAUAGCCAUAACCUCAAUUUUGGUCACGAGCAUGAUCGGGGUGUCCUUGCCUCUUGUUACUCGUUCGAUACCCGCGUUGCACCCCGAUCGAAACCUGUUUGUGAUUGUCAAGUGCUUUGCAGCCGGCAUCAUCCUUGCCACGGGGUUCAUGCACGUCUUGCCUGAUUCUUUUGACAUGUUAUCAUCCAACUGUUUGAAAGAAAACCCGUGGCACAAGUUUCCUUUCUCAGGGUUUGUGGCUAUGCUCUCUGCAAUUGUGACUUUGAUGGUGGAUUCUAUGGCCACUAGUAUUUAUAGCAAGAGAUGCAGAACUGGAGUUAUCCCAGAUAAUGGGACGGUUGCAGCCGUUGAGGUGGACCAAGAGAUGGCUGCGGUGGGUGCUGGGCAUGGUCAUUUUCAUGCUCACAGUCAUGACAUAGUCAAGGGAGGAAAUGAAGACUCACAGCUUCCCCGUUAUCGCGUUGUUGCCAUGGUAUUAGAACUGGGUAUCAUUGUUCACUCAGUUGUUAUUGGGCUUUCUCUUGGAGCAUCAAACAACACUUGCACAAUUAAGGGUCUUGUAGCUGCCCUUUGCUUCCAUCAAAUGUUUGAAGGCAUGGGUCUUGGUGGUUGCAUUCUCCAGGCUGAGUACAAGUUCAUGAAGAAGGCCAUCAUGGUGUUCUUCUUCUCAACAACAACCCCAUUCGGAAUUGCUAUCGGAAUGGCCCUUACAAAAUCGUACAAGGAAAAUAGUCCAAGGUCGUUAAUCACAGUAGGGCUGCUCAAUGCAUCCUCAGCUGGCCUUCUUAUCUACAUGGCUCUGGUUGAUCUUCUUGCUGCUGACUUCAUGGGUCCAAAGUUGCAGCGUAGCAUCAAGCUCCAGAUCAAAUCUUACAUGGCGGUCCUUUUGGGUGCAGGUGGCAUGUCUGUAUUGGCAAAAUGGGCUUAA